ACGGCUGAUAUAAGAUGGGGUGUCUCAGGGGCUGGCCGGGGGCUGCCCUUGCCCUCCUGCUGCUGCUGCUGCUCAGCCUCCUGGCGCUCUGCUUGACAGUGGAGGAACUGGACCCCACCACUGACGGGCAGCCGCGAGCAGCGUGCACCUUGCAGGAAGGGGAGAGUCGCAUCUUCACCUGCUGGGUUCCCCGGCGAGUCCCCGGUGCCACACUGGCCUGGUACCUCAACGGUCAGAAACAGGAAAUCGACCUCUCGACUGCGGACACUGCCAGCAUCCUCACCCUCACUGCUCAGCACUCCGACCACCAGCUCAACUGCUCCCUGACCAACCCGACCUCCAGUGAGACCUACAACACCUCCAUCCUUCUCAAUGUGCAGUAUAAGCCAGAGAUCCUGCGAGAAGGCGCCCACUACCAGCAGGUCGAGGGCGCUGGCCUUCUCCUGGUGCUCUUUGUGCUGGUGCAAGCCAACCCACCUUCCAGCAUCACUUGGGUGGACCAGGAUGGGCAUGUGAUGGCCAACACCUCCAAGUUUCUCCUCCUGGGUGCCACAAGCUACCCAGGGCUGGCCAACCACUCGCUCCACAUCCAUCUCAGCUGCACAGCUGGAAACCUCUCCGUCAGUGCAGCCAAUAGUGUCGGCAUCACCACUGCCUCCCUCCUGCCCACAGGUCUGCUGGAUGCCCGCGUGGAGCUGCCUGUCCUGGGUGUUGCCAUAGGAGCAGCCCUGGCUACAGCUGCCCUGCUCAGCCUGGGCUUCUGUGCUACCUGCCUGGUAUGCCACAUGCCCAAGCUUUUGCAAGGUCCAGGGCAAGCAGGAGGGAACAGCCCUCCCAGCCAAUGCUCCCAUUGCAGCAGCUCUGAGCCACCACAGCCCCAGGGCACACGUCUGCCCCGCCAGACCCAGUCCCUGCCACCCGACCUGCACCUGGAUGACCUUGCACAGGAAGGUGGAGGUAAAACCCUGAUGUGCCAGUGCAGCAAGACGUGGGGCGCCAGGUCCUGCCAGGGUGAGUGGCAGAUGUCCUGUAUCUCUUCCCUUUGCUUCCCUGCAGCCUCCCCCAAGGAUGCAGGAGCUGGUUCUAGGGCAGAAGAGAAUGCCUUGCUGGGACUGGAAAACUCCCUGGUCCUCAACAAGCUUGGUUUUGUCCAGCUCCCAACGUCCGGGCGCAUCUACAAAGUGCCCAGCAUGAGCAGUGAGGAGAUCUGGCUGUGAGCUGCAGUGUGGUGCCAGUGAGCCAGGGCUGCCCGGCACCAGGACCUGUGGCACAGAGAGCCUGACACAGAGAAAGGCUGGUUUAAUGCUGAAUUCCUUGGGAACAAGUCAAAAAUU